AUGGGUGUUCUGCAAGGAAGGCCAGCGGCAUUCAAUUUCCCGGCCGUGUCUCCCAUAUUCCUCUUAUUUCAACGUCGUUCAACAAGAGAUGAAGCGCCGAGGGAAGAGCUUGCCGGCCGUGCCAGACGUGCCAGGCAUGCCUCAGGAUGCGAGAUGAGGUUUUGCAAUCGAAGUCGCCUUGAGUCGGUGUGGAGCCUGGUCUGGACACGCUGGGUUUUUCGUCAUCUCGAGUUGGGCACGAAGAAGGAUUGCGCGUCCAUCCGCCCGCACGCCGCAAUGACAUCCGGUCCGUAUUACUGCAGCCGGACCCACCUUGGCUGCGAAUUUUUGUCUCAUCCUAUCACAUCUCUUUCUCUGGCUGAUGCGCUGCUGUUCCUGCGCCCCUCUGCCGCCGUACCUGGCUGCAGAUGCUGGCAUGCCGAGCUUCCUCGGUCUCUCUUCGUUCGUCGUGCAGAAGGCAGGCCACCUGGGCAUCUGUCGCGUGUCGCAUGCCUCAAAAGCAUGUUUCCCCGAUGCCACGUCGAAAAGUCUGGGCCUUCCAUUCCCCUCGUGCCAGGCGCGCCGUCCCUGGGAAGCGCGAAGUGUCUUCCGGCGCUCACACGAUCUGCAGCCGAAAACGUUGUGGAGAUGGCUCCUAUCGAUAACAUUGAUCGCUUGCAGUAG